GCUGGCGGUGAGCGAGACUGCUACACUUCUCCCUUCUACCUCCACUUCUCCUCACAAAACACCCCCGUCUGGAUUUUAAAACAAAGGGAGACAACAGAAAAAAAGGCAGAUUUUAUCAUUUUAUCAUUUUCGACGGGCUCUUCCACCACAUGUGAACAGGAAAGACGUGAGAAGAAGAUAAAAGAGAAGAAUAAUGGGAGCGUUCAGGCUGCUGCUGGGGAGUUUACAUUACAUGGGACUCUAUAUGCAACUUGUCUCCACGAGGCAGGCUGGACACCACCAGGUGGAGAACCACCUCUCUGGGAACGCCAUGUUCACGGAGGUUCCUCACGACAUGACGGCCCAGAGAGGCCAGGACGUGGAGAUGGCCUGCUCCUUCAGGGGGGCCGGGAUGCCGUCCUACUCCCUGGAGAUCCAGUGGUGGUACAUCCGGAACCAUCUGGACUGGACGGACAGGCAGCCCUGGGUGACUAACGAGGUGGCUCCGGAGGAGGAAACGCCGAAAGAUGCUACAAAGAUAAGUGUCGUGAAGGUCGUUGGCAGCAACAUCUCCCACAAGCUCCGUCUCUCCCGGGUCAAGCCCUCGGACGAGGGAACCUACGAGUGCCGCGUCAUUGACUUCAGCGACGACGCGGGCGCGCGCCACCACCGCGUGCGGGCGUACCUGCAGGUGGUGCCGCAGGGCGACGUCCUGGACGCCGGCCACAACGACAACUUCCAAGCUCUGGACGAGACCAAGAGAGGCGCGGCGCCCGCCGGCGGGGACGGGGAGCCUCACGGCGGCGCCAGAGAGCACAGCCACCACCAGAGCCACGGGCGCCACCAGGAUCAUGGCAAGCGGCCCUCGUCGCCCGCCCACCACGUGCACGGCCAUGGCGGCGGCGGUGGUGGCGGCCAGCAGCACAAGGCCAGCAGAGAGCUGAGGAAGCGGGAGGCGGACAGUAACCACAGCCACAAUGACUGCCCCGACGAGCAGAGCUGCGCGCUGUAGACGCCCCGCCGAGCCAGGAGAUUCCAGCGGGAUUUGCAUAUCAUAAUUGUUUGUCGCGGCAUAAAAAGCUCCCAUCCCCACACAGUGCAGGUCGGCAGGUGAAUCCUGGACGGGUUGAAGUUUUCAGUUUUCAGUUUUCAGCAUGGCUUUUUCAGAGCACCGGACUGGGAACUGUGCAGGCAUCGCGGCUUUUCUUGCUGAGCGGGUCUGAGUUCCUGCUUCUCACCCUUACGCCCGAGAGGGCGGAUGUGUACAGGACUGUCUCAGAAAAUAAGAAUAUUGUGAUUUUCUGUAAUGCAAUUACAAAACGCGUCAGGGAUGAGAAUCAGCACCUCCAAAACCGAGGCCAUGGUUCUCCAUCGGGAAAGGGUGGUGUUCCUUCUCCGGGUGGGUGGAGAAGUCCUGCCUCAGGUGGAGGAGUUCAAGUAUCUCGGGGUCUUGUUCACGAGUGAGGGAACAAUGGAGCGUGAGAUUGACAGACGGACGCAGUUAUGCGGUCGAUGUACCGGACCGUCGUGGUGAAGAAGGAGCUGAGUCGAAAGGCGAAGCUCUCGAUUUACCGGUCAAUCUUUCGCACCUACCCUCACCUAUGGUCAUGAACUUUGGGUAGUGACCGAAAGGACAAGAUCGCGAAUACAAGUGG